AACAAUUCUGACACGUCCUGAUCGAGAGGCGAGCUCGGUGCCGUGUUGUGUUGAGGAUGGAUGUCAUAUUAAACCAGACUGACGUCCUGAACCAAAGCGCGCCCGGCGAGGAGCCUUUCCACUUCAAUGAGAACGAAGUGGUCGAGGACGGGAGUCCUUUCCUGAGGAUCCUCAUCUCAGUGGUCUACUCGGUGGUCUGUGCCGUGGGACUGGUGGGCAAUCUGCUCGUCUUCUACCUCAUGAGGCUACGACAAGGUCGAAAGAAGUCGGCCAUCAACUUUUUCAUCAUCAACCUGGCCGUGACCGACUUCCAGUUCGUGCUGACGCUGCCAUUCUGGGCCGUGGACACGGCGCUGGACUUUAGCUGGCCGUUUGGCGACGCCAUGUGCAAAGUGGUGCUGUCCGUCACGGUGAUGAACAUGUACGCCAGCGUCUUUUUCCUCACGGCCAUGAGCGUCACCAGAUACCUGUCCAUCACUUCGGCGCUCAAGAGUUCCGCGCUCAGUUGGCCGAGGUGUGUGAAGUGGAUGUGCGCCGUGCUGUGGGUCGCGGCCACGGUGGCCACGGCUCCCACGGCGGUCUUCUCCGCGGUCACAGUGGUCGCCGGCGAGAAACUGUGUCUCCUGAAAUUUCCGGAAGGACACGACUGGCUCGCACUUUAUCACAUUCAAAAAAUACUCGUAGCUUUCAUUAUCCCCCUGUUUAUCGUGUCCGUCAACUACCUGCUGCUUCUGCGCUUCAUUAAACGCAAGAGCAUGUGCACCAGCAACCGAAAUAGGAGGUCGAAAGUCACCAAAUCUGUUGCCAUUGUUGUGUUAUCCUUUUUCUGCUGUUGGGUGCCAAACCACGCCAUCACCUUCUGGGGCGUUUUGGUCAAACUUAACGCAGUCAACUGGGAUCGGUCCUACUACAUGGUGCACGUGUACGUAUUUCCAGUCACCGUGUGCUUGGCGCACGCCAACAGCUGCUUGAACCCCUUGCUUUACUGUCUCAUGAGGCCAGAAAUCAGAAAGAUGCUCCGUGCUUUAUUCUGGAGGUCACCCAGUCCGUGCGCCAGCGACAACAGAAAGGGGUGCGCGGCGCGCUCUCUUACGCACGGGCGCGCACAAGCGGUUCGCACGACUGACAAUGUUGAGUUCCAUUUGUCCGUCGUCGAUCACAGAGGAUUUGCAAGCUCCAGAAUUAAUGGAUCCCUUUAAUUCACGAUUUUAAAGUUUACUUUAAAUUCCUCGUUUUCACACUGUGAAUGUGGUCAUCGUGCGUAAUGCUUUCGCAAGUGAAUUUGUAAUCACAGAGCACGUAUUGUAAUCGACGUUCAUGAUCAUGUCAAACCGAGAAAACGGCGUCAUUUCAGUGCACUAAAGCUCCAAAAACUGGAAUUUGUCAGGGAGUGAUGGGGACCUUAAGGAGAAUCAGGGCAUCUUAUAUUUUGAACGUGUAGGAAAGCAACAGUCACAUUUCUAUUCAUGUACACGUUGUAAAUACUGUAUGUGAAAAUAAAUGUAUUUUUCAU